AUGAAAUUCCUUGUGCUGGCUGCUCUGCUUACAGUGGGUGCUGCUGAGGGGGGCGUCAGCCCGCGGGCAGUGUGGCAGCUCCGCAACAUGAUCAAGUGUACGAUCCCCGAGAGUGACCCCGUGAAGGAUUACACCGACUACGGCUGCUACUGUGGCCUGGGUGGAUCCGGCACGCCUGUGGAUGAACUGGACAAGUGUUGCCAGACACACGACCACUGCUACUCACGAGCCAAGAAACUGGACAGCUGUAAAUUCCUCCUGGACAACCCCUACACCAAAACCUACUCAUACUCAUGCUCUGGCUCUGAGAUCACCUGCAGCGAUGAAAACAAACCCUGUGAGGCCUUCAUCUGCAACUGUGACCGCAAUGCUGCCAUCUGCUUUUCAAAGGCCCCAUAUAACAAGGAUCACAAGAACCUGGACACCAAGAAGUACUGUAAGAAUUGA